CACUCUCAGAUCUUGUUGCCGUUAGCAAUGACGAAAGACGUGGAUGGACGAGCGACGCUCGACGUUCGGAUGAAUUUCGGGUAGAGACGCGUGGACGUUCCAACGACAUGUCGGGCUUACUCGCGAUUUGCGGCACCUAGCAUGUAACACGAGAGAAAGAAUGAUGAUCGCGUCGAGCUUGGUGCUGAAGGAUACCGCGGAAAUGCACGACUCCAAAGUGCCAUCCACGUCGCCAUCUUGAAUCAGCUGUCAAGCAGACGAUACGCAGCAAUUAACGUAUUAUUUGAUGAUCUCUGGUGGGACAUGGAAAUAUCUGAAGGCGAUGUACAAAUAAGAAAUCGUCCGACAGACUUGAUCUCAGCGUACGAUAAGCUGAAAGAUGAUGAGCGCGAAGCGGAUCUUAAUGAAGUCGAGAUAAUUACAUCGGCGCAGCAUUUUUGUGCAAUCGAGAUCAGAGAAACCAAGAACUAUAAUGAGAAAACGAUCGACAGAGAUCAGAAUGAAGCGAACGAAUCAAACACUUCGGAAUCCACUUUAGAAAACAUACAACAUACCGAGAACGGCGCUAUUACUAACGUGCUAACAGAUCCAAUUUAUUUAGAUACCUUGGACUCCAAUUCCAUAAAUAUCGAGUUCCAAAAACAACCGAACGCAACGGAAGUGUUCAUUCGAAACGACGAACAGAUACAAACGACCAAUUACAAUAUAUCUACAGUUACGAUAUCGAACGAACUCCUGGACGGGCUUAACAUCAAUAUAAAGAAGGAGGAUGACGAAGAUCAUGGCACAUUGUAUACUGCAGAAUGGUUAUGCGACGGUAAUAAUGAUGCUAAUAUACGACUGAGGAUCUUGAAGGAUACCAAACAGAAUAUACAAAUUCCCGUUGAUGUUGACACUAGCGAUGUAAUUGCGUUAGCAAAACGUAAGGGCCAAUUAACGGACGGCAAGGAUAGUCUUGACCAAGAAAAAACUAAAAUCUCCAGAAGAUCAAAAAAGCACGUCAGGCUGAAGUCUGUCGUGCAUCAUCAAGACCAUAGGGAAAGAUUGAGGAAAAAGGCUGAGUGUAUGAGAGAAAAACGAAAAAAGUUGUAUGAACAAGAAAGCGAGGAGCAACGUUUGCAGAGAUUGGCAAAGGAAGCAGCAAAGAGACGCGAGAUGAGAAUGUAUUACGAGACGCCAGAGCAACGGAGGAAACGACUCGAUGCUGAAGCAGCAAGAAAAAGAGAAUAUAGGAUGUACAACGAAACGCCGGAAGAUAGGAGAAAGAGACUGGAUCGUGAGGCCGAGAGAAGAAGAAUUAAAAGAUUGUCAUUGUACUCAAACGAAACGCCAGAACAGAGAAGAGAAAGAUUAAACAAAGAGUCGGCAAAGAGGCGAGAAGCCCGAUUAAGUCAGUACGCUAAAGAAUCAGAGGAAGAAAGGAAGGAAAGAUUGCGAAGGGAUGCACUGAGAGCCAGGGAAAUGAGAUUCACGAGAUCCGCCAUCGAGACGGAAGAGGAGCGUAGGCAAAGGUUAGUAAAGGAUGCCCUUAGAAAGAGAGAGGUAAGAAUGCAUAGGAGCCAUUCGGUGAACAAUAAUUUUACGGAACUCCGAACCGUUCGCAAUUUUCAAGAAUUGAACGAUGUGCAGAUAAGAGACAAUCCUGAAAAUCAAUUGGACGGCCAUUAUCUGAGCAACUGGAUGAUGUGGUUUCAAAAUACAUUGACACAGCCGGUGCACACUGGAGAACAGGUCGCAGAGUCACAAGCGCAACAUAAUAGAUAACUUGAGUUUUCCGUUAUAAACAAGACUUCGGGAACUUUUGUAUAUCAACGAUAAAUGAAAAUAGAGACCAAUCUGGAUGUGCUUUAUAUAUGCUUCCCAUAUAAUUCCCGGAUGUAGAACAAUAAAAUUGUAACGACACAAUUAUAACACACACACACACACACACAUACACAUUACGCUAAUUACUAUUAAUAACAUUACGAAAACUUAUAAUAGCAAUAGAAUGAUGAGAGUUAUAAAUUUAUAUUAGAAAAACUAUUUUAUAAUAUUUAUAAACGCUGAAAGCGAACAUGAUUAUGCUGUGUUUUGUCGAUAUAAAAGGAAAUGAUAUAACUUAUUUGCAUUAUUUGCGUUAAAGUGCUGACGACACAAACACUUCAGAGAAAAACCGAAAGUUCUUUUAGUAUUUAAAGGAAAUGUUUAGUCAUGCGACUAAUUUAAAUAUUUAAAAGAUUUUCUGCUCGUGUGUAAAAGAUAUGAGAUACAUCUUAAAGUAACACAGUGGUUACUCUUUGAUGUUAGAAUUAAGUGUAUCAAUAAAUUUUGCUGGUAUGUUGUUGCGACGAAAGAAUGGGAGUUGCACAUUGAAAACAGACAAGAGAAGCAAUUCUUGCCAGUGCCUUUUAUUCAUUGUUCAACAAAAUAAGCGUUCAGACUGAAUUCAUUAAUACAUAUGGCAUUUGAACAUGAGUGAAUGAUUCUGGUGAAAGUUUGACUGUCUCUUGUGCUCUUUGUACAUACAGUUACUAUGUACUUCUUUCUACAGUUCCUUUAUAAUAAAUAAAAUAAUGAAUUGUGUUA